AUGCGUCUGUCUAAUAUCCUUGCCGUUUCCUCGAUCUUUCUCGCGUCGUCUUCAAACGCUCUCAAUAUUUUAUUGAACAAUGACGAUGGUUUCGGGUCGGGAAACCUCCGCGAGCUUUACCGCUUGCUGAAGGGCGAAGGCCACGAUGUGUGGAUCGUAGCACCGGCUACUAAGCAGUCUGGCCAAGGAGGUCGAUCUGACUUCACCACGGAGGCCAACCUGACAGCUCCCUCGAUCUACAAUCUGAUCCCAGCCGGCGCACCAUCUGUUGGGAGUGACCCACACGAUAGCCACAUUUGGUAUUAUAAUGGUACCCCGGCGGCAUGCACAUUCGUGGCCCUGGACUACGUUCUCCCGCGAUAUGCAAAAUUCAAGGUCCCGGAUCUUGUCUUAACUGGACCCAACUACGGAACCAACCUCGGGCCGUUCGUCUGGACAUUAAGUGGUACAGCAGGUGCAGCAUAUGCGGCAGUCGAGCGAAGCAUCCCGGCCAUCGCCCUAUCAGCGAGCAACUCGGAGAUUGCGUACUUUGACGUCAAGAACAAGACAAAUCCCGCUACUUGGGCUGCUGAGGUGUCUCUCAAGGUUGUCAAUACUUUUAUCAAAAGUAGCCCUGCUGGUGGCCCCAUUCUGCCAUUGGGAUAUGGCGUCAACGUCAACAUCCCGCCUCUCACUGGAAACAACAAAGGACUCAAGUUUGUGCAAACUCGCAUGACCGGAAAUGCACACGUCAAUGAGGCUGUUCUUAAUGCCACCAAGGGUACUUUCACCUGGGCAAACAUUAAGCCCUAUGCUGCCGGAGUAAACACCUGCGUAAAUGGAGACUGCUCGAUGCUGGGAGAGACAUAUGUUGUGGAAAACGGCGCAGUAUCUAUCUCUCUUUACACUACUGAUUACACUGCACCAAGCACUGUGAAGACCGAGAGCAUCAUGCAGAGAAUUUCGAAGCUCGCUGCAUGGAAAUGA